AUGGGGAAGCGAGUAGCAGACUUGACAGAUCUGCCAGCUCAGUGGGAAUCCAUUCGGAAGCUUCGUGCCCAAGCGGCGCGUGGAUACUCAUUGUUUGCUUCGACUAUUCAGGGGCAAAGAGGCUGCUUGGGCAGCCUGAAAGAUUGCGGUGCUAAUCACGAAGCACUGAAGGUGAUCUUGGUUUUGAUGGUGAAAAGUCGAACAGUUGAGACUCCCGCAGUGGACGACCUGAGUGAGAAGGUAAGGGCUUUCUUCGAGGAGGUGAACUACCCGGACAAAAACUCCCUCGCUGCUGUGGCGCACCAGGAUGCUUGGUCGGCAAAGAGGUGUCUCACGACACUGAAAAGAAAGUGGAUUCGCCAUGAGGAUGAGAAAGUCAGGGAACUGGUGCAGCUGUACGAUAAGAUCGCGCAAGCGGGUGAGCACCUCGUCCACCGAAUCAACACGGAUGAGGACAUCGACGGAGGUGCCGAGGCGGAGGAUGUCAAUGGGGAAACCGAAGGUGUGGAACCAGAGCCACACCCCGACGAGGAAGUAGCUGAAAUGGGAGAGAUGGUAGCCGCAGCUUCUGAAUCUGAAGCUGACAUUUCGGGAUUGGGGCUUCUGGCUGCAUUGGUUUCCGAAGCUGAAGAACCAGGACCAGAACCAUGUCUGGAUGAGCUAGAGGAAGCCGGUGCUACGGAUGCAGUGAUUGCAAUGGAAGUCAGUGCUUCACAAGCAGAGCCGGUAGUCGCAGAGGAAUCCAGUGCUUCACGACCAGAGCCUAUGAUUGCAGGGGAAUCCAGCGCUUCAGGACCAGAGACGGUGAUUGCAAAGGAACCCAGUGCUUCAGGACCAGAGCCGGUGAUUGCAGAGGAACCCAGUGCUUCAGGACCAGAGCCGGUGAUUGCGGAGGAAUCCAGUGCUUCAGGACCAGAGCCGGUGAUUGCAGAGGAAUCCAAUGCUUCACGACCAGAGCCGGUGAUUGCAGAGGAAUCCAAUGCUACACGACACGUGUCCAAGGUUGAGUCGGGGGGAGAUGCAUCGGUCCGGACAGUUGCACGACCGUUGGUGAGCUUAGAAGAGAAGCUGGCGAUGAGUCGGGCCAAGCUGAGGGCACAGCUGCUGAACCUUUGCUGUGACAUGAUGUGUGCCAUGAUGUUCUUCAUAACGAAGCGUUCCAUGGCCUUGUCAGCGGGCUCCUCCGCGCCAGAGGUCAUUGCUGAUUCUGAUGAUGAACGACCUGCUCCGUCUUCGCACAUGCCUGUUGAUGAAGCAGACACGCAGAUGUUUCAUCCUGACACCCAAGCAAUCAUGGGGCCACUGCUCGAUGAGGAAUUGAUGGUUGUGAGCGCUACUACCACCGAAUCCCCCCCGAAGCCCCGCCAGCUCUUCCGGGCUGGAAGCCUGGGCUGUGAAGGUGAUGUUUUGGAGACGGCGGCCUCGCUCCCGCUACCUUCUUCGCCGAACGGUGAGACUGAGAAGCCGAGGGAGAAGCCGCUGAAGGAGCACAAGUUCUUGGACCUUUCCCCGCCAGAGAAAGUUCUCACCAGAAGCGAUCAGCUUUCUCUGAAGCACAGCAACAAGGAGGAGGCAGAUGGGGAGAACGAUCAUGGGGCAGAUUCGAUGCCCAAGAAGCGUGGCCCAGGGAGGCCCAAGGGAAAGGCCAAGGCGAAAGCAUCCUCAGCCAAGGCCAAGGCCAAAGCAUCCGCUAGCAAGGCCGAGGCCAAAGCAUCCGCUAGCAAGGCCGAGGCCAAAGCAUCCGCUAGCAAGGCCGAGGCCAAAGCAUCCGCUAGCAAGCCCGAGCCGAAAGUGAAGGCCAAGGCAAAGGCGAAGGGCAAAGCGUGCAAGACUACGGUGGAAGCCAGCGAGGCUUCUGCGGUGGCUGCUAGCCCUGUGGUUUCGGAGCCUGGCUUUGAGGAGGAGCCGGAGAGCUCUGCCAAGGCGGUCACGACGCGUCGUGGCGCCUUCAAGAAGCGCCACGUUCGAGUUGGACGCAAGGGCAAGAAGUCCAAGAGGAGCCGAGAGGUGGUCGAGAGUGAGGAGACGCCCAGGGCUCCCGCGAAGAAGGCCAGGCGAAGCCAUGAUGUGGAGGCGGAUGUUGGGAGCUCCGUGGGUGCUGCUGUGGAUGUAGAGAAGCCAUCGGGCGCAGGCUCGAAGAAGGCGAAUCCGAAGGUGAAGGCCGUCGCAAAGGCAAAGGCCGUUGGGAAGGUGGUUGCGAAGCCAAAGGCCUUGGAGAAGGCCGACGCCGUUCCCAAGACCGUUCCGAAGAAGAAGGCCGCUCCGAAGAAGAAGGCCGUUGCCGCAGAUUCCGAAAGUGGUGCUGAUGGUGACGACGAUGGCUUCUCUUACCCCAAAACCUUUGCUGGUCGGUGGUGCCCCAAGCAGAAGGACAGCUUUGGCUGGUUGAUUUGGCGCUACAUCUGCAAGAGCUUCAUGGUGGCUGUUGCCCCGAACAUCAAGGAUCGCAGCCGCUCGAAGAAGGAGUUGGAGUUCUUUAAGCUGGCCAAAGCGAACUUCCUGGAAUCGAAUAUGGAGAUCGACAGCCCUGAUGUCAAGGAUUUCUUUGAGGAGCAGGCUGAGAUCUACGUCCGUGAUUGGAUUGUGCGUUUCGAGGCCAGGGUGCAAUAA